UUCAACACACACCGGAAGUACAAGAAACACGUGUAUUUUCAAAAACAUUUUGCAGACAGAGAAUUAUUGCCUUAUAGUAAUCAAGAUCAUCAUGGGAAGACCAGGUUUUUCACCAAGAGGAGGUGGCAGAGGUGGAGGAGAUCGUGGAGGAAGAGGAGGGGGUGGAUUUAGAGGAGGACGUGGUGGAUCAGGUGACAGAGGAGGUUUCCGCGGGGGUGACCGUGGAGGAUUCAGAGGAGGUCGUGGUGGCGGGCGUGGAGGGUUUGGGGAUAGAGGAGGACGUGGUGGUGGACGUGGCUUUGGUGACAGGGGAGGUAGAGGUCGUGGAGGGGGCCGUGGAGGGCGUGGUGGUAGAGGCGGGAGGGGUGGUAUGAGGGGAGGUAAACAGGUGUAUGUUGAGCCACACAGACAUCAAGGAGUAUUUGUUGCCAGAGGCAAGGAGGAUGCACUUGUCACAUUAAACAUGGUGCCUGGUGAUUCAGUGUAUGGAGAGAAGAGAAUUUCUGUAGAGGCCGGAGAGACUAAGACAGAGUACAGGGCCUGGAAUCCAUUCAGGUCUAAGUUAGCCGCGGCUAUAUUAGGUGGUGUUGACCAGAUCCACAUGGGCCCAGGAAAGAAGGUUUUGUAUCUUGGAGCAGCUUCAGGGACCACUGUUAGUCAUGUUUCAGAUAUUGUCGGACCAGAGGGUUUAGUUUAUGCUGUAGAAUUUUCACACAGAAGUGGUCGAGAUUUGAUCAACGUAGCGAAGAAGAGAACAAACAUUAUUCCCAUUAUUGAAGACGCCAGACAUCCACACAAAUACAGAAUGCUUGUUGGCAUGGUUGAUGUGAUAUUUGCGGAUGUUGCUCAGCCUGACCAGGCAAGAAUUGUAGCUAUAAAUGCUCAUCAUUUUCUUAAGAAUGGAGGACAUGUUGUUAUCUCAAUUAAAGCAAACUGUGUAGAUUCCACUGCAGCCCCAGAAGCUGUGUUUGCCGGUGAAGUAAAUAAAUUGAAAGAAGAAAAAAUAAAACCACAAGAGCAGCUCACAUUGGAACCAUAUGAGAGAGACCACGCUGUAGUAGUCGGACAGUACAGAGCUCCACCAAAGAAAUGAUAACAAGAAAAAAUGGAGAGACAUUCAAACAGACUGAACUUAAUGUAUAAUUUUAAACAUGACAUGUAUCAUUUACACGUACACAUGAUCAUGUGACCUAUGAAAUAACAGCCAUUAACAGUAUGGUGGCAGGAAAUGUGCGCACUUUGCUAUUUCUGAUGGCAGUGAUAUUUUAAAGAAAAAUCUCUGUAAAUAUGAAUGAAAUUUCUAUGCUGGGACAUAGAUUUGUAAACAACAACAGUGACUUUCAAAAGAAUUGAAGCUGUUUAAAAGCUGCAUCAAGGGAAACAGUUUAGCAUUGAAUAAUGAUUCAAUAUUCAUAAAUUUUAUUAAAUGAAGGUGUUGAUUCAACAUUUUAGACUGAAAAAAUUGAAACAGGUUAAAGCCCAUCUUGAAAGUAGUUACAUACUCUGUAUCAGACUUGACUUUUAGAAAUAAAGCAGACAGGCAGUGACUUGAAAAUUUGAAUAUGUUGAGAUAUGCAUAUAAGAUAUUUUAAUGUGUAUAUGGUAAUAUGAAGAGAGUCACAGAAUUGCAUUUUCUUAGUUCUUGAACUGUUUUAACUUGUCUAGAAAUGCAUGUUACUUAUAAAAAUUGUUAGUGGAGUUUGAAAUACUGGACGUCUUGUUUUGGAAGAAGUAAAGAGCGAGGAGUUUCAAGACAGAGACUUCUAUACACAAGUGUUGUUGCUGGUUUUAAUUGUUUUGAAUUCAUCCAUUUCAUUUAUUGUACAUAUUUUAUUCAUGAAACUGAAAAGUUUUCAAACAGCUUAUUCAAGUGGUAAAAGUGUGUGAUGUAAUAUUUUAUAGCCGUGACUGACAGUAUGUUAAAUUGUAUUCAAUUAAAUGAAUAUUACCGGUAUUAGAUCUUCACUUUUGAUAAAACGUUUUGGUUCACUAAGCUAAAAAAUGUUCUUUCACAAUUGAGAUUGUAGGAUUGAUACCAAAAAGCAAUCAACACAAUGUUAACACAUAUUUUACAUUAUAUUUUAUUGGUGUUUAGGCACUAUGCCUUUAAAGGAAAACUGACAGUUCAGUAACAAAAUGAAAUAGAAAAUUUUGUGUCUGUUAUUUACGAUAUUCUUGUUGUAAAAUAGCGGAUACAUUUAAUUUACUUUCAUGCCCUCUUUUUAUAAGAAGAGAUAACAUAUAAAUUACAUAUAUAAAUAAAUGCAUUGAUGAAAUGAA